ACCGUCACAAGAUCCUUAUUGCACUUUAAAUAAAAUGACGAAUGUCAUCUAUUUUUUACGUGAGACUAGCACUUGGUAGAAUAUAUUGCGCUUUAGUAGGGUAGAUACACGCCAGAAAAACGAAAAAAAAUACAUCGUAUGAUCGUAAUUCAUUUAUGCAGAUUGCGGUGUUCCGACUAGCACUUAAAAGAUUAUUGUGAUGAUGUGUUGUUGUUCUGAUUUUUAUACAAAGAAGUGCCAUUAUUAAAACAACUUAAUACAGUAUCGAAUUGCGAUAUAUACACUGACUUAAUCAAUGUAAAUUUUCUAAAUAUUCAAUAAUGGAUAGAAACCAAAUUUUUAAUUUAUUUCUAUCAAGCAUACCACCUUUAGAUGGAACACAUCAUAAAGGUCAAGCUGGAAGAAUAGGUAUUGUUGGUGGUUCCCUAGAGUAUACAGGGGCUCCCUACUUUUCUGGUAUAGCAGCUUUGAAAGUAGGUGCAGAUUUGGUGCACAUUUUUUGUUCAACUCCAGCAGCUACUGUUAUAAAGUCGUAUAGCCCAGAAUUGAUUGUUCACCCGUUACUUGAUAAAUUUGAUGCCAUCAAAGAUAUAUCAACAUGGUUUGAGAGGCUGCAUGUCAUAGUUAUAGGACCAGGGUUAGGUCGUGAUCCCAAGAUAUUUGAGGUGGUCUCAGAACUAAUAAAAUUAAUAAAUGAAAAACAAAUACCACUGAUUAUUGAUGCAGAUGGAUUAUUUCUUAUAACUGAAAAACCAGAAUUGAUUAGAAAUUUUACUUCACCAGUUAUUUUAACUCCUAACAAAAUUGAGUUUGAGAGGCUUAGCUGCAAAUUUAAUGGUUUAAUAGGUUUAAAAGAAUGGAAUAAAAAUGUAACACUUUUAAGAAAAGGUGAGAUUGAUGAAUUUUAUUGCUUUCACCCUGACUUGGAAUGGAAAAUCAAAGAGGCAGGAUCUGGAAGAAGGUGUGGAGGUCAAGGAGAUCUUCUAUCUGGAUCUAUAGCAACAUUUUUACAUUGGACUAUAGCUUAUAGAAAGAAAAUUGAUGUUGAAAUACCAGUUGAUAAAAUGUUAUUAGCAUCUUCCCUGUCAUGUUUUGCAGCAUCUUCUUUAAUAAGAACAUGCAAUGCAAAGGCUUUUCAAAUAAAAGGUAGGAGCAUGUUAGCGACAGACAUGGUUGAAUAUAUUCAUGAAGCUUUCACAGAGCUAUAUGGACAAUAAUGUUAAUAUAACAAAAUGUUACUGUUAACGGGUAUGUUUUUGUACAUUUUAUAUUUUUUACAGUAUUUGCCAGUUGCUAUAUAAAAUCAAGAGAGAUAGAGGGCAUUUAUUUCUAUUAAAUCAUUUUCGUCAAAUUGUUUUAGCUGGAUUAAGCUUGUUGUGUUAACUGUUUAUUAAGCUUUUUUAAUUAUUAGGUAUCAACUAUUCAAUUACCUGAAUAAAUUUAAUCACAUGAAUAAAGUGAUUUCUAGAGAAAAACAGAGGCCACACCCUGCCCUAAGAGCUGCUAUCAUAACAAUACAUAUUUAGGUAUUUAUAUUUAAGGUAAUUUCAAAGCACAAACAAAUAAUAUAUAUUCUAUUCCAAUUACAGGCAAAGUAAAGACAAAUAUAUUUAUUUUUAUGUUACUGUUUGAAUAAUGUUAUAUUAUAAAUAAAGAAAAGAUAUAUUAAUUAA